CAGGUUUUCAUCUGCAGAGUUAACUGUAAAACCGUUUCACUUUCAGUAGUCUGUUCUAACAAGCUGUGUAGAAGUCUCUCCCUCUCUCAAGUUCAUGAGCAUGGCAAGCAAGUCCUUGUUCAUUGUUGCCAUUGAUUUCGGCACAUCUUAUAGUGGCUACUGCUUUUCUCUUGCGAAACACACGGAUCAAAUCCGGCAGGUGUUCUGGGGACAUGAGCACGGGCUCAACACUGUGAAGACCCCAACGUGCAUCCUCUUCAAUGAAAAGCGUGAGUUUAUGAAGUUUGGCUAUGAUGCUGUCAUGAAGUACCACACGCUCCCCUCCAGAGAAGCUCACAAAUGGUACUACUUCCACCACUUCAAGAUGAAGCUAUACAACAAGAAAAUCACUUCUAACAUGGAACUGGAAACAGAUAAUGGAGAGAAGUUUCCAGCCCUAAAAGUAUUCUCAGAAAGUCUGCGGUACAUGAAGGACCAUGCUCUGAACACUAUACGGGAGGCCUCAUACCAAACUGUCUAUGUCACUGAGGAUGUCACCUGGGUCAUUACUGUUCCAGCCAUAUGGGAUGCUUCUGCCAGGCAGUUCAUGCGACUGGCUGCUAAAGAGGCAGGACUCAUCAGUGAUAUGUUUUCUGAGAAGCUCAUCAUCGCCUUAGAACCAGAGGCCGCCUCAGUCUGGUGCAAGCAGCUCCCACAAGAAGGGUUUGUGGCAGAAGGUGGUGAUAGACAAAAGUUUGAAGAGUCACCUGGGACCCAGUAUGUUGUCGUUGACUGUGGAGGUGGUACCAUAGACAUCACAGUACAUGAAAUCCAAGAGAACCAAUCCCUGAAAGAAUUACAUAAGGCAUCAGGAGGAGGAUGGGGAGGCGAUACAGUGGAUGAAAAGUUCAAAGAGUUCCUGAAGGAGAUCUUCCAAGAUGGAGUAUGGGAGGAAUAUGCACAGAAUCACCCAGCAGAAUGCCAUAAAAUGAUGUACGACUUUGGCCUUCAGAAAUGCUCUUCCAACAGAGAAGAGGUCUACAUGCGUUGCUACCACAACCUAACAAAAGUGGCAGAACACAAGAAAAAGGACAUCUCCCUCUUCUUUGACGGUAUAAAGGGAGUUCUGUGGUGCGAUGGGACUAUCAUGAUUACAUAUGAGAAAAUGAAGAGCUUUUUUGCCUACAGUGUCAGACAAACCAUUGGUGCCUUGCAGGAAAUCCUCAACAAGCCUGAGAUGGCCAAAGUCCAAUAUAUUUUACUGGUUGGGGGCUUUGCUUCCAGCAUUAUCCUGAGGGACGAGAUCUAUCAGACCUUUAGGAAGUACCGUAUCCUGUGUCCACAGGAAUCUCAGGCAGCUAUUAUAAAGGGAGCCAUUUUAUUUGGGCACAAUCCACAAAUUGUUGCCUCGAGAAUCAGCGCUCUGACAUAUGGAGUAAAGAUAUCUGAGGCAUUUGAUAUUGCUGUCCAUGAUGUACAGAAAAAGAGAGUCUCAAAAGCUGAUAAUUAUGUAUAUUGCACAGAUCUCUUCAAGAAGUUGGUGGGAAUUGGGGAUUUGGUUGAGGUAGAUGAGGUUGCCAGUUAUACUUUCACUCCCACAGAACCAGAUCAGACAAGUGUGAUUUUUAGUUUCUAUUGCACAGAAAAGGAUGAUGCAAAAUACAUAGAUGAGGAAGGGCUGAAGAUGCUCGGCUCCUGUACUGUGCCAACACCAAACACAGAGCUGGGGAAAAACCGCCAACUGAGACUGGAUAUUAAAUUUGGGCUAACGGAAUUUAAAGCCACAGGUACUGAUGUUACGUCUGGUGAAAGUCGGACGGUUAUGAUAGAUUUUUUAACCGCGUAAAGAUUCCACAAUUCAAGGACACGUAAGAAGAGCAUCAGAUAUGGAUGAUUCAAGGGACUAUAGGGCUCAAUUAGGAGAAUAUAUGAGCUGUCACAAUGGAAUAGCCAAGUGGACCAUAUAGUCCAGUAACUCACUUCCUGCCACACUGGAACAAACCAAUAGUCUGUCUAGUCUGAUAAUCCUGCCUCUUCCCAGACUAGUCACCCAUUUAGUCUGAUAUUCUGCUACCUGCCAUUCCUGACUGGACCAACACAAUUUGUCUAGUUCAGUAUUCCGCCCCCUCUCAUGCUAGAUUAGACCAAUGGUGCAAUAUCUAGUCCAGCAUCCUGCAUGCUACACUACUGGAUCUGAACACAGUGGUCCAUGUAGUCCAGUAUAAUUAUCUAUAUCCCACUAGAUCAGAUUUAUCGCCAUCUAGCCUGGUAUCCUGUUUGCUGCCAGACCAGGCCAAUGGUCUCUCUAGUCCAGUAUUUUUCCUGCAGCUGUAUUUUCUUAUGCUAUCAUCUUGUCAGACAUCAUUUUCUAAAGACUGAAGUUAAUUCUGCUUGCUGUGAUUUUACUGUAUUAUGACAAAUAUUCAAAUAUAUGAUUUUAUUUUUUUUUAAAAAUCAGAGAAAGUGUAAACACGUAAUAUUUUGCAACAGUGAAAUUAUGUUAAAGAAAUCAUAGAAUUGUAGGACUGGAAGGGAUCUCGAGGUGUCAUCUAGACCAGUCCCCUGCACUCCUGGCAGGACUAAGUAUUAUCUUGAAUUAAAUAUCUUAAGUAUUUAGACAGGUUGAAAGACAAAAAAAACCUCUGAACCAUCGUACAUGGACAAUUACAAAACGUUACGAAUUUUGGGGCGUUUAGAUAUGAAAUUGUGAGAGUGUGGUGAUAAUUUAACUACAUCAUUUAAGCAAAUUGGCAUCAUUAAUUGAAUAGAUAUUCAUGUGCAGAUUGUACCACACAGCUCUGAAUAAUAAUGCUGCUGCAAACCCACUUUGGGGCACUAGCAGUCUCUGUUUAGGGGAGUACAGGGACUCUCAGCUGUCUCAGGCUCCUCUGUGCACAGGCCAAGCAGUCUGGCUCUAACUAAUCUGGUUACUAAGAAAGAGUUGGUUACAAUCUAAGGCUCUGAUCCUGUUGUCUGAUCUGUGUGAGAAGACCCCCUACACCAGUUUACUUUAAUAGGGUUUUGCAUGGACAGAAGGAUCUGCCUACACAGAUCCAUUGCAGAAUCAGGGCCUAAUUAACUAUUAUUGAGGUCCUGUAUUGUACAUUUCUACACUCUCAGAAGUGAAAAUUACCAUGUCAAAAUACAAACUGUGACCUAGGUUGAUACACUGUAUUAGAAUUAGCUCUUGGGAUAUUUUACAUUGGAUUUCUGUCCCCUGCCCUAGAGUGAUCACUUUAAUUUUACUAGCUGCCCCUGGCAUAUGAAAAGUAGCAUUCAAACAGAUAAAUUGUCACCUUUUUUGGUUGCCUUACCGCGUAUAAAGGUUUGAAAGAUUUUUUUUUUUUAAAGAAAAAAUGUUGAUGGUUUUUACAUUCAAAAUUGUGUCUACAACAAAAGGUUUUGCUGCAGGACUCUGGACAAUUGGAUUGUCUCUUAUGCUGGUUGACAGGAGCCAAUGCAAGGGCCAUUCUGGGAGCCUGGGAUCAGCAAGCUGCAGCAGUACCCUGCUCAUAGCUCCUUUUGUUUGCCAUGCCCCCUACCCUGGGGGCUAGAUAGGGGGUGGCAUAUAAACCCCUGUAUAAAGCGAUCUUCCACUGGCCAGGUAUGCCAGCUUUUGUGUUUGUUUUGUGUCACUGGAGAGACAAGGCAGAGUCAAUGGGUGUCACAUAAUCUCCCCUUUUUUAUUCUUUAAGAAAGGAAUUUGUAUUUACACCCUUGCAAAGCACAACAGUUCCCCUGCCUCUACUGAUCUGUAUGUUGUUCUCUUACAAUGAAGGAAGUCCAAUCUGAUCACAGGACUGGAAGCUAGGUACUCUCGAAUUCUAACUCCAACUCUGCCACUGAUUUGCCAUUUGACCUCGGACAAGUCAUUUAGGGUAUGUCUACACUAUGAAAUUAGGUUGAAUUUAUAGAAGUUGGUUUUGUAGAAAGCGGUUUUAUACAGUUGAUUGUGUGCGUCCCCACACAAAUGCUCUAAGUCAUGUAGUUGGCGGAGUGUGUCCACAGUACCGAGGCAACCGUCGACUUCCGGAGCAUUGCACCAUGGGUGGCUAUCCCACAGUUCCCUCAGUCUCCGCCGCCCAUUUGAAUUCUGGGUAGAAAUCCCAGUGCCUGAUGGGUCUAAAACAUUGUCAUGGGUGGUUCUGGGUACAUAUCGUCAAGCCCCCGUUCCCUCCCUCCCUCCGUGAAAGCAAGGGCAGACAAUCAUUUUGCGCCUUUUUUCUUGAGUUACCUGUGCAGACACCAUACCAUGGCAAGCCUGGAGCCCGCUCAGCUCACCGUCACCAUAUGUCUCCUGGGUGCUGGCAGACGUGGUACUGCAUUGCUACACAGCAGCAGUUAAUUGCCUUUUGGCAGCAGACAGUGCAGUAUGACUGGUAGCCGUCAUCGACGUAGUCCUGGGUGCUCUUUUAAUUGGGCACCUAGGCAAACAUGGGAGUGACUCAGCCAGGUCAUUUCCCUUGUUUCGUCUCGUGGCGAUUCAGUCCUACUGGCAGUGCGCUGUCUUUUAACCUCCAGCCAGCAGAAGAUGAUGGCUAGUCGUCAUACUGCACUGUCUUCUGCCAAGCACCCAGGAGAUGAUGAUGGCUAGCAGUCGUACUGCACAGUCUGCUGCCAGCAAGAUGUAUAAAGAUAGAUGAAGUGGCUCAAAACAAGAAAUAGACCAGAUUUGUUUUAUAUUGAUUUUCUCCUCCUUCCCUCUGUGAAAUCAGCAGCCUGCUAAACCCAGUUUUGAGUUCUAUCCUUGAGGUUUUGAGUUCUAUCCUUGAGGGGGCCAUUCAGUUUCUCACAAAGCUACCCCCUUUGUUGAUUUUAAUUCCCUGUAAGCCAACCCUGUAAGCCAUGUCGUCAGUCGCCCCUCCCUCUGUCAGGGCAAUGGCAGACAAUCGUUCCGCGCCUUUUUUCUGUGCAGACGCCAUACCACAGCAAGCAUGGGGCAUGCUCAGAUCACUUUGGCAAUUAGGAGCACAUUAAACACCACACGCAUUAUCCAGCAGUAUAUGCAGCACCAGAACCUGGAAAAGCGAUACCGGGUGAGUAGGCGACAUCAGCGCGGUGACAUGAGUGAUGAGGACAUGGACACAGACUUCUCUCAAAGCAUGGGCCCUGGCAAUGUGGGCAUCAUGGUGCUAAUGGGGCAGGUUCAUGUGGUGGAACGCCGAUUCUGGGCUGGGGAAACAAGCACAGACUGGUGGGACCGCAUAGUGUUGUGGGUCUGGGACGAUUCCCAAUGGUUGAGAAACUUUCGCAUGCGUAAGGGCACUUUCAUGGAACUUUGUGACUUGCUUUCCCCUGCCCUGAGGCGCAAGAAUACCAAGAUAAGAGCAGCCCUCACAGUUGAGAAGCAAGUAGCAAUAGCCCUGUGGAAGCUUGUAACGCCAGACAGCUACCGGUCAGUCGGGAAUCAAUUUGGAGUGGGCAAAUUUACUGUGGGGGCUGCUGUGAUGCAAGUAGCCCACACAAUCAAAGAUCUGCUGAUAUCAAGGGUAAUGACCCUGGGAAAUGUGCAGGUCAUAGUGGAUGGCUUUGCUGUAAUGGGAUUGCCUAACUGUGGUGGGGCCAUAGACGGAACCCAUAUCCCUAUCUUGGCACCGGAGCACCAAGCUGCCGAGUACAUAAACCGCAAGGGGUACUUUUCAAUAGUGCUGCAAGCUCUGGUGGAUCACAAGGGACGUUUCACCAACAUAAACGUGGGAUGGCCGGGAAAGGUACAUGACGCUCGUAUCUUCAGGAACUCUGGUCUGUUUCAAAAGCUGCAGGAAGGGACUUUAUUCCCAGACCAGAAAAUAACUGUUGGGGAUGUUGAAAUGCCUAUAUGUAUCCUUGGGGACCCAGCCUACCCCUUAAUGCCACGGCUCAUGAAGCCGUACACAGGCAGCCUGGACAGUAGUCAGGAGCUGUUCAACUACAGGCUGAGCAAGUGCAGAAUGGUGGUAGAAUGUGCAUUUGGACAUUUAAAGGCGUGCUGGCGAAUUUUACUGACUCGCUUAGACCUCAGCGAAACCAAUAUUCCCACUGUUAUUACUGCUUGCUGUGUGCUCCACAAUAUCUGUGAGAGUAAGGGGGAGACGUUUAUGGCAGGGUGGGAGGUUGAGGCAAAUCGCCUGGCUGCUGGUUACGCGCAGCCAGACACCAGGGCGGUUAGAAGAGCACAGGAGGGUGCGGUAUGCAUCAGAGAAGCUUUGAAAACCAGUUUCAUGACUGGACUAGGCUACGGUAUGAAAGUUCUGUUUGUUUCUCCUUGAUGAAACCCACCGCCCCUUGGUUCACUCUACUUCCCUGUAAGCUAACCACCCUCCCCUCCUCCCUUUGAUCACCGCUUG